UUUGCCAAUUUCCGUUUUGGUUUUGUCAUUGUAGUUUGGAGUUUUCUCACUGUUAUCAUGUUAUGCAACUUUAAGCUGAUUCUGCGGGUUAACAAUUGACAAUCUGACAGUGUGGUAAACAGGUUUGAUAAUCGCGAAUCUGAAAUAGUGUAAUAAUAUCACAUCCUGAUGGAGGGGAUUUUGGAGCAGCAGCGAGCUCUUCACGAAGAGCGCGAGCGUCUUGUGGAGACGAUGGCACAGGAGAUGGUCAAAGGCGAGACCAGCAAGAGCACGUAUCGUCAGCAGCUGAAUUCUGGCCAUCGUAUCAAGAUCAUGCAAGACCGUCACACGGAAGUGUGUGGACGGCUGGCCGAUCUGUACGAAGACAAGGACAAUCUGCGUCGCCAGGACAUUGCGGCUCUGACUAACGGGCCUUUCAACGAAUUCUACAAUCGACUGCGGGGUCUGCGGGAGUAUUACAGGAAGCAUCCCGAAGAAGUCAGCGUUCCGCUGUCGGUGCAAGUAGCGGCCUUUUCACGGCUGGGACUGGGCAACACGCCGUCGCGACAGGCAGCAGCGGGCGGGGAGGGCAGCGCUGAGCCAGAGGAAGAACUCUUAGUCUCGUUUUCCGACGAGGAAGCCCACGGGCGGUUUUUGGAUCUUCAUCUGCUCUAUGAAAAGUUCUUAAAUCUGAAAGGCAUUGUUCCUCCCAAUUUUUCCUAUCAUGAUUACCUCAAAGGAUUUUUUCGGCUGGAUGAGGUGCCACGCGACAGUAAGAACACUGCUGCUUAUCGCCAGUACGUGGAGGCCGUAUUCGAGUAUUUGGCUGAUUUCCUGUUCCGCACCAAACCUCUGACCGAUAUCAGAGCGGAGCUGGAUAACGUGGAGAAAGACGUGGAUUCAAAAUGGAGCAAAGGGCAAGUGCCUGGUUGGGGAAAAGGUCUGCAAUCCGCCCAGAGCGCUAACCAGGGAGUCCUGCUGGAUCUGCGCAGUUUCAGCGCUGUCGAAGAGAUUAUGGAGCUGGGUAUGGAGCGACUGAAGUCGGCACUAAUGGCGCUCGGCAUGAAGUGUGGUGGUACCUUGGAAGAACGGGCCAAGCGUCUGUGGUCAACGCGUGGCAAAUCUCCGGCUGAAAUUGACGCGAGUCUUCUUGUUGCUAAACCGUCUACCGCCCAGAAAAACCAGGAAGAUAGUCGGCAAAAAGAGCUGGCUGUUCUGGAGGCGAAAGUCAUGCAUUUGGCUACGCUGGUGGAACAAGAGCGCAAAUUAACGGAAGAGAACGUUGUGCGGAAGCAAGCUCGGGCUGGGCAGGAACGCGAAGAAGAGGAAGACGAUGUCGUGAAUGACGAAGAGGAUGAAGAAGACGAUGAUGAAGUUAUCUACAAUCCCAAGAAUUUACCGCUGGGCUGGGAUGGAAAACCGAUUCCCUACUGGCUCUACAAGCUGCAUGGUCUCAAUAUCAAUUAUCCUUGUGAAAUCUGUGGAAAUCAGGUGUACAGAGGACCGAAAGCAUUUCAGCGGCAUUUUAGUGAAUGGAGGCAUGCGCACGGAAUGCGAUGUCUCGGUAUUCCCAACACGGCCCACUUCGCUAAUAUUACACAUAUCGAAGAAGCCGUAAAAUUGUGGGAGAAGCUGAAGAAAGCGAAGAAUGCCGAUAAGUGGAAACCCGACGCCGAGGAAGAAUUUGAGGACUCAGCUGGGAAUGUAGUCAACCGGAAAACCUACGAAGAUCUUCGCCGUCAGGGACUGUUAUGAGUGGAAAGCAUCAUCACGUUGUUUCUUUUUUAUGGAUGUUAUGGGACUGUAUUUAAUAUGGCCGGUAUUUAGCUGCCUCGUGCGUUUGAGUUCAUUUGCGUUGUUUUCUGUGCAUCCCUUCGUUUGUUUCAACAUUCUCGGUACAAUUUGUCAAAGGGAAAUGAGCUGUUACUCUUUUUGGCUGUUGUUUGGUUAUCAUUGCCCUGGACUUGGUUCGCUAUGUUAUCCAUUGCGGUCGCCGCCGUAAUGAAAUUGCUUUCUCCUUGAA